GAGCACUGAAAUAAAUAACACGCAAGUAACCUUUCCCAAAGUAUUUUUUGUUGCACAUUCCUCGUUACAAACAAUAAACCUACCUGAUUGCAGACAAGAACUUACUUGUUCAACUCAAAAAAAAUAUAUUGUUCGUUGGAACAUUAUCUAAAGAAUUUUUUUUAUUUAACUAUACGAAACACCGUAAUAAAUAACCCAACCUUUCCUUUGUCAAAGUAUUUUUUAUUGUCCAUUCCUAGUUACAAGCAAUAAACAGCCACGGUAGUUUCAAUGAUUAAUUAAAGACAAGAACAAACUUGUAUUAUAAAAAUGUGCGUAUAAAACGUUUCACUCAACCAUACAAGCCAUAAGUUUAUUCAGUGUCCGACUGUUAGUAUCUAACCCAGUAUUUUAAAAGUCUUUAAGGCAUAAGUUUAUUCAGUGUCAGACUGUUAGUAUCCAAACCAGUGUUUUAAAAGUCUACUUAUUAAACACUUACUAAGAUCGACCAGUGGUGUGAAACAACAUUUAUUCAUCAUGGAGAAUUCACCGAAUGAUGAAUAUACUUUAAAGCACUUAUAUUAUCCACUCAAUAUAUCAGAUGAUCAAGAUAUGAGUGACAAUAAAAAGACCGCAAUGAGAAGGAGCAACAGUAUAGAUGCUUUUUUUGAAAAGCAAAAGAAAAAGAAGAGACAGUCAAAGUCUUCAUGUGUAGCGCAAGCAAGUGACGGGGGCCUAUCAUAUAUCUCAUCCAACGACGAUGACAGUAUCAGUGCAACACAUCUAAUCAAAAUAGACAUCUAUGACAUGAAGAGUCUUAAAGAUGUUUCGCCUCUUGAAUACUGGAAAUAUGCAGAUUUGCGAUUAAAGUACUACGUUGAAUCUGCUGGUGAUAAGCACUAUCAAAGCAUGCGAGAUAUUAUAUACAACAUUACAAAGCAAAUCGCUGGGAAGCAUGACUGUAAAAAAUACUUUAUUGACAGAGAUAACCAGAAACAAUAAGUAUUCUCUGAACCAGCGGUCGGUAAACAUCACAAAGUAAAAAGACCCUCUAUAUAAACGUAGUUGUAUUUUAUUUUGUAUUUUGCUUUAAAAUUUAUUUGAAAACAAUAAUGGGACUAUUAAAAAGUACUUUACAAACAGUAAAAAAAAUAACAAUAUGAAAUCCCACUCCAACCAUUCGGAUAGACAAAUAAUGAGGUGGUUCAUUUCGUCAGAUCCGUCAUUCCAUAUUCAAACGUUCUACGAAACUACACGAUGACAACUGAGUUCAGCAACAUUUCUUUCGAGGAAGAAAUGGUUACGUUGUGUGAAAAAGUGGAGACGAAAAUAAACUCCUUUGUUGAAAAAAUAGUUGAAGAUAUGGAUAUCGAUCAGCAGUUGCACGAUUUAUGUGAGAACAUGGAACGCGAGCAUAAGGGGUAUUCCAGUCCAAUAUUACCCUUAAACAUAGGACUGAUGAUGACAGCUCUUCGUGAGGACUAUGUUAUUUAUUAUGAAGAAGAAACUGAUCAAGAUCCGUCUCAUUCUUUCUGGUCACAG